GGCUGGUGUGGACCAGAGUCAAGCAAGAAGCCACAGAAGGAAGGCUUCUCACAAAAUCAGACCGAGGAGAAAGAGAUGACUGAGGACUUGGAGGAGCAGGAAGACGAGCUGCUCGCUCUCCAGAGUAUCUUUGAUGCGGACGAGUUUGUUCGGGACGAGUCGAAGUCUGCCGGAGAAAUCCGAGUAUGUGUCGAGCUUCCUGUCGGCUUCAGCGUGGCUCUCAGAGAGGGUGAAAGUCUGCGUCAGUAUGAUAUUUCCUUCCUUCCACCGCUGCUUUUGAACUUUGGGCUUCCUGAAGACUACCCCUCCUCCUCCCCUCCCUCCUUCAGCCUCACCUGCAGCUGGCUGACUCGCACACAGUUGGCUGCACUGCGUGCUCAUCUCGCUGAUCUCUAUGAGGCCACUGGGGGAGCUGUGGUGCUCUUCUCCUGGGUGCAGUUUCUCAGAGAAGACGCUCUGAGGUUCCUGAACAUCCACAGUAAGCUGGAUCUUCCUCCUGAUGAACGCAGCACCCUGCAUUAUAACCAGGACCAACACGAUGCUGAACUGUCAGAACCAAAGAACAAUUCAGAGCCAGAGUUCUCUGUACCAUCCUCGGAAGUUCAGGAGAAUCCUUCAGACGGGAGCAGCGCAGACUCUCAGGGAGCUUCGGCUUUAGACUCCUGCAAGCAUGACCAGAAUGAUCUAACCUCAGAUUAUCAAAGAGCUCUUUCUCCAGAGCCUGCACUCCAAAACCAAACCACACACACUCCAGAUGUGACAAUCCUCCAAGCCUCAGAGUUUAAUGUUGAUCUCCAGGAUGAUCUUUCUUCAUCUGCAGAGAUAUCCAAGCAUCAUCAAAGUGUCCGGGAAGAUUUCUUAAAUGAAGGAGAUGCUUCUCUCUCAUUGCUGCUUCCCUCUACCUCCUCAGGCACGUUAGAUCCAAGUGAACUUGGAGCUGCUUCUCUGCCGGUCCGGCCCACAGAUUCUCCUCAGAGUGAAGAGCAAGCCCUCUCUGGUCUCUUUUUAUCUCCAUCACAGACUCUACUGUCCCACAUUUUGAUCUAUGAUGCGGCCCAGAAACACAAAGUGUUUGCCACCACUUUCUUUGACUGCGGGGUUUGUUUUAUGGGCCGGCUCGGGUCCGAGUGCGUGAAGCUGUCACCGUGUGGCCACGUCUUCUGCCGGGCCUGUCUCUGCGAGUUCUGUACGGUUCAGAUCACAGAGGGGAACGUCCGGGGUGUCACCUGUCCUCAGGCAGACUGCGCUGGUGCCCCUACACCUGCACAGGUGCAGAGUCUGGUAGGGGAGAAGCUGUUUGACCGCUAUGACCGUCUCCUGCUGCAGAAGACUCUGGACAGCAUGUCUGAUGUGACGUACUGUCCUCGAACAUCCUGCGGCUCUGCCGUGAUUUUGGAGAAAUCCAGCAAGGCAGCGCUUUGCUCUGAGUGCGGCUUUGCCUUCUGCGUCAUAUGCAGAAAAACAUACCAUGGAACGGGGAAGUGUGAGACCAAGAAAAAAUAUGCUGAAAGAUAUAUAAUAGACCUGCCACAGUCACAAGAGGGGGUGAAGGCUCUCUGGGAGGACUAUGCCAGUGGCAGCAGGGAGAGGAAGCGCCUGCUGGAAAAUAGAUAUGGCUGCAAUUUACUGGUGUCCAUUGCAGAAAAAAAACUAAGCGACAACUGGAUUGCCAACAAUACCAAGAGUUGUCCUGAAUGCUUCACUAGAAUAGAGAAGGAUGGAGGGUGUGACCAGAUGUUGUGCACUCGCUGUAAGAAGAUUUUCUGGUGGGACAGAUUGACUCCAGAAAACACAACCGAACAGUUUUAUGGGGGUCAAUGUUCUUCCAACUAAUUCUAAGAAUCAGCACCACAUACUGUCUCAUAAUCAGCAGGGGGCAACAAAAACAACAAUGACAGGAAGGAAUAACCAAACCGUUGGUUCCUUAAAAAACCCAAAGUGCUGUAAAUUAACAAAAAUUGCCCUCUUUGGCUGUUUUAUUUGCCUUAGGCCGCAAUGAAGCAUUUACACUAAAGGUGUAUGUUCUAAUCAAUUAUCAAUU